AUGGCGAGCCCCGUGCCCGCGCUGCUGCUGGUGGUGCUGGUGCUGCCGCCGCCGUGCCCGUCGUCGCCGCCGCCUCCUCCCACCGCUCCGUGCCCGGCCCGCUGCGACCCGUCCGCCUGCCCGCCGGCGCCCGCCUGGUGCCCGGCCGGGCCGGGCCUGGACGCCUGCGGCUGCUGCCCGGCGUGCGCCGCGGCGGAGGGGGAGCCGUGCUGGGGGGCCGCGGGGGGCCCCGGGCCGGGGGGCUGCGGGGAGGGCCUGCACUGCGCCGGGGCCGCCCCCGGGCCGCCGCCCGCCACGGCCACCGGGCGCCGCCGGGCGCGCCCGGGCCGCUGCCUCUGCACCCACGGCCAGCCCGUCUGCGGCAGCGACGCCCGCACCUAUGCCAACCUGUGCCAGCUGCGCGCCGCCAGCCGCCAGGCCGAGCAGGCGCGCCGGCCCCCCGUCAUCCUCCUGCAGCGCGGCGCCUGCGGACAGGGCCAAGAGGAUCCCAAUAGUUUGCGACAUAAAUACAACUUCAUCGCUGAUGUUGUGGAGAAAAUAGCACCCGCUGUGGUUCACAUUGAAUUGUUUCGCAAGCUUCCUUUCACCAAGAGGGAGGUUCCCGUGGCCAGCGGCUCCGGGUUCAUCGUCUCAGAAGACGGACUGAUUGUUACGAAUGCCCACGUAGUGACCAAUAAGCACCGAGUUAAAGUGGAGCUAAAGAACGGAGCCACAUACGAAGCCAAAAUCAAAGAUGUCGAUGAGAAGGCUGACAUUGCCUUAAUCAAAAUAGAUCAUCAGGGGAAGCUGCCUGUCCUCCUGCUCGGCCGGUCUGCAGAACUGAGGCCUGGGGAAUUUGUUGUUGCAAUUGGAAGUCCAUUUUCACUCCAAAACACAGUGACUACUGGGAUCGUGAGUACCACCCAACGUGGAGGGAAGGAACUGGGCCUUCGGAACUCGGACAUGGACUAUAUCCAGACGGAUGCCAUUAUCAAUUAUGGAAACUCAGGAGGCCCUUUAGUAAACCUGGAUGGUGAAGUGAUCGGAAUCAACACUCUGAAGGUCACUGCCGGAAUCUCCUUUGCUAUCCCGUCCGAUAAAAUUAAGAAGUUUCUCACUGAAUCCCACGACAGGCAAUCCAAAGGAAAAGCUAUUACUAAGAAGAAGUACAUUGGCAUUCGAAUGAUGUCUCUGACUUCCAGUAAAGCUAAGGAACUUAAGGAUCGCCAUCGAGACUUCCCUGACGUGAUCUCAGGAGCCUACAUCAUUGAAGUGAUUCCAGACACCCCGGCUGAAGCUGGAGGCCUGAAGGAAAACGAUGUGAUAAUUAGCAUCAAUGGACAAUCUGUGGUCACAGCCAGUGACGUCAGUGAUGUUAUUAAAAAGGAAAGUACCCUCAACAUGGUUGUCCGCAGAGGGAAUGAAGACAUUAUGAUCACAGUGGUUCCUGAAGAAAUUGAUCCUUAGGAAGAAACCUGAGCCGGAUUUCUUGUUUUCUUCGAAGGAAUGAACAAUAGACUGCUUAAAAAGACUCUGUGCUGGUACAGGAAACAGACUUUUGACCAACAUUUUGCUUCUUCAGCAAAACAGCACUGGCCAACAAAGUAAUUUGUAAUAGAUUUAAGGCAAACCAAAUGUAAUGUUACAGAUACUCAGGCAAUAAUUCUUUCCUUCUGUUGUUUUUUUUUUUAUGUAUGCAGCGUAUUCUUUACUGCCAACUUCAACCUUUACUGCUCUGACUGUCCACAAUUGUUUCUCUCUGUUGCUGAAUCUUCAUCUUAGUCCAGCAAGUCAGAUGGAUAAAAUAUAAACACAAGACCAACUGGAUGCCAGAAUGAGGAAUUGGGAGAGCUUUGAUUUCAAACAGAAACACCACCGAAAGUGAGAUGGACCGAUCGAGAUCAUGAGUGGGCUAGUGCUGGCUUGCAAAGCAAACCGAAAGUAGCCUUUUUUCAGAAUUCAUGCAAACUUGGGAGCACUCUGACCUUUUUGUUAGUGCUAUUAAAAUACUUCUAUAUACA